AUGCGAAAGUUGGAAUGGGACGACAUGGGAGUGAAGGUUGAUGGUCGGCAGCUACACCAUUUGCGCUUUGCUGAUGACAUCGUACUGGUAACACCUAGCAUCAGCCAAGCGGAACGAAUGCUGACCGAAUUCGACGAAACAUGUGGAUGCAUCGGUCUUCAGCUGAAUCUACAAAAGACGAUGUUCAUGCGGAACGGAUGGGUCUCGGAUGCCCCAUUCACGCUCAACGGAACGAACAUAUCCGAAUGCACCAGCUACGUUUAUCUGGGUCGGGAACUGAACAUGAUGAACGACCUGACCCCCGAGCUGGGCAGGAGGAGACGAGCGGCUUGGGGAGCGUACAAGAGCAUCGAGGAUGUAGUGAAGAAGACCAGGAACACCCGGCUCCGUGCUCACCUCUUCAACACCACCGUACUUCCUGCUUUGACCUAUGCUUCGGAAACCUGGGCAUUUCGCAAGCAGGAAGAAAACGCGGUGAGCGUCAUUGAACGCGCAAUUGAGAGAGUGAUGCUAGGAGUAUCCCGUUUCACGCAAGUGAGGGACGGGAUUCGAAGUUCUCUCCUACGUCAGCGAUCGAAGAUUAGAGACGCCGCCGCGUUUGCCAAGGAAAGUAAAAUAAGGUGGGCCGGACACGUGAUGCGCUUUAAUGACAACCGUUGGACCAGAGCCGUGAGCGACUGGGUUCCCCGCGAUAUUAAGCGCACUACAGGAAGACCGCCGACCCGAUGGUCAGAUUUCUUCACGAAGUCCUUGAAAGAAAAAUAUGAUGCUCUUCGUGUCCCACGCGAAAGGAGGAACCACUGGGCUACUCUGGCACGCGAUCGGGACAAAUGGAAGAAUUACUGGCGCCCGCUCGACCAGUUCGAAGAUCAACGGGAGUCAAGGUGA